AUGUCGUCAGAAGCUACUACUCUCAAGUUCGACCCGGCGCGGACACAACCCCCCUACCCUCUGCACCCGGACAUCGAACCGCGCCUCGACCCCGUCUACCGCGACUUUUACAAUGCCCACAUCUUCGACAAGCAGCAGGUGCACCUGCAACCCGUCGCCGCCUCGCGCACCUCGGGCGUGCUGAUUCCCGGUGGCGGCGUUCCCCCUCCUGUCGGCAAGAUUCAGGACUACAGCAUCAAGCGGCGGGAGACGGAGGGCCCGGAGGUCAAGGUGCGGACAUUCACGCCCGAAGGCGAGGCUCCUGCCGAGGGCUGGCCCAUUGCUGUGUGGUACCACGGCGGCGGUUGGGUGCUGGGCAACAUUGAUACCGAGAACACGGUUUCGGCCAAUUUGUGCAAUAGGGCACGAUGGGUGGUUGUGAGCCCUGAUUAUAGGCUCGGUCCUGAACAUCCUUAUCCUGCUGCGGUGCAUGAUAGCUGGGAGACAUUGCUAUGGAUACAAAAUGAGGGCAAGGAGCUGCUGAACCUCAACCUCAAGAAGCAGGUCGUCGCAGGCUCGUCUGCUGGUGGAAAUCUGGCGGCCAUCAUGUCCCAGAGGGCUGUUGCAAGAGGCGGAUCGCCACCUUUGCUCGCCCAAUUCCUUUGCGUGCCGGUCACAGACAACACUGCCGACACCACGAACAGUACCUCCUGGAAGGAACUCGAAUAUACUCCAGCCCUGCCCGCGGCGAAGAUGCUCUGGUACAGGUACCACUACCUGCCGAACAAGGAGGACUGGGCACAUCCCGAGUCUUCGCCACUGCUGUGGGAGGGUGAUUGGAGCAAGCUCCCACCGGCAAUUGUCACUGUUGGCGAGCUUGAUGUGCUGAGAGACGAGGGCAUCCAGUUUGCGGAAAAGCUAAGGAAGGCUGGUGUGGAGGCAGAGCUUCAUAUCAUGAAGGGCAUGCCGCAUCCAUUCUUGGCCAUGGAUGGUGUCAUUCAACAGGGAAGAGACACCAUUACUUUUAUGGUUGAAGGGUUGAAGAGGUUGAACUGA